GGCAAAGCCUUCGUACGUAACAAGACAAAAAGGGUAAGUAAUUGAUGGCUCUUUACUUCAUUUAGCUGCCGAAACUGCUACUUUGCUUGGCCUCCGGCCGAUCCUCCCUUGGCCAUCGAAUUCUACUGCCUUCAAAUUCCUCCUGCGCCAUCAAUUGGGUUCGCCUGAUUAAUUACAGCCCUUGGUUUUGGUUACAGAGUUGGUUACUGGGUAUUAAUUACAGCCCUUGGUUUUGGUUACAGAGUUGGUUACUGGGUAUUAAUUACAGCCCUUGGUUUUGGUUACAGAGUUGGUUACUGGGUAUUAUCAGCUGUGGAAAACAACUAAUCACAGAAAAGUAGAAAACUCAUUAUAAAGACAUAUAAGAAUGCAUGGAAUGAAUGAAAUGACUAAUUGAUAAAUUCGUAUUUACAAUGUGAGGUCGAGGGAUUAGUUACGGAUAGCUAUUUCGAGUCACAAUAUAAGUAUAUAACUAAGUAUGUAGCAUUGGAAAUUCUAUUGAUAAAUAUUAAUGAAACUAUAGAUAGAACGAGCUUAUAAUUAAAAUAAAAUGACAUGAAAAGUAAGACUCAUCUCGCGUCCCAUGUUAUUAUUAGAAUAAAUUUACACUCUCGAUGGUGGUUUGAGAUUCGUGGUGAGGGGCGGACCUAGGUUAAAGGGGAGUUGUGUCAAGCGGCACACCUCCGCUUGGAUCUCUCCGAAAAGUUCUUUUUUUCGUUCUAAAUAUUUUAAAUUAGGAUAUAUGAAACAAAUUCAGAAGUUGUAAAUGACACAUUUGUUGUAAUUACAGUAAAAUGACUUGAUAAAAAUGAUAUUCAAAAUCAGAACAGUGACUAGUUUAUCAAUGAUUAUUGGAUUCUUCAUUGAAAAAUAUUUGAGUUGCAAAAUAAACGAUUAACGUAUUUCAUAAACCUCUCGUUAUAUAGAAUUUAGUUGCUCGCCGAAAAAAUAAUAAAAUUGUGUAAUUUAUAAAGUAUUUUUUAUUAUUUUAUUUUUAUCGGCUGACACCGUUCUUGAAAAAUCCUGAUACGCAACUGAUCGUGUUUAACAUGAUUCACGUCCAAACAACUAUCUUACCGUCCUCGAUCACAUUACUCUUUUUUUUUUAGGGAACCGUUGAAUACUCUCGAUUUUUUUUUUACAUUGAAUACUCUCGACUUGACUAGUAGUUGAGAGUGUGAACUCGGGAUACCAUGCGUUGACCCUUCAUCACCACAACCCCAUAACUAUUCUUACGUAUAGUGGAAUAUUAGUAUAUAACCUAAUAAAAGAGCACUACUAAGUAUGUAAUUUCCCUAUCUCCUUUUAGCAGGACAAAUCAAUAAGCCAUGCAAUAAUCCACUACCUGAAUAAGCUAUAUGCCAUCAUAAUUAUAUUCCCACCUCCUAACCAACUAACUGCACCAAUUUAUUACGUUCAUAAGUACGUACGUAUAACCAAUCUUCAAAACUUUGUGCAUGACUCUCUCUAUAAAUUGCGGCUUCUUUUCCCCUACUGAUUGUGCACCACUACCACUCAUGAGCUGAGUAACGAUCAAAAAGAAAAGAAGAGAAAAAAAAAUAUACUAGAAAUUUGUUAUGUUUUGAAUCCGAUUCAAGUUUUUGUCCGAUGGAGAAAAAGCGAAUUAAGUUGGCCGUGAUGGUGCUUGCGUUCGUUUUGACGUCGAUCGGGGCAGCACAAUGCCGUGAGAUGGAAGGAAGGGUAGAAGGAGAAAGGUUUGUGUAUGCUACUAUGGAUCAGAAGCCGUCCACCGUUGAGCGUCCUCAGACUUUCCUUGGUGGUAGUGGCGGCGGUGGAUUUGGCGGCGGGUUUGGCGGCGGCUUGGGGUUUUCGAUCGGCAGGUUGCUGUGUGAUCAGUUCUGUUCCGGGCCCUGGGGAGGCGGUGGCGGGGGAGGAGGAGGUGGCGGCGGCGGCGGCGGAGGCGGAGGUACUGGCGGUGGGUAUGGACAGGGAGGAGGCACGGGGAGCGGCGGUAAUUGCGGCGGAGGCUGUACCGGCGGUGGGACUGGCGGAGGAGGUACUGGAGGCGGUAGUGGAUAUGGAGGUGGAACGGGUGGUGGAGGAGGAGGCACUGGCGGCGGAAGUGGUUCAGGAGGAGGUACCGGCGGCGGUGGCGGUGGCGGUGGAGGAGGGGGAGGUGGCGGUGGUUCGGGAUUUGGUGGAGGGUAUGGAGGCGGCGGUGGGGGAUCAACUCAUGGCGGAAAAGGUGGCCUCGGUGGUAAAGGAGGAGGUUAUGGCGGCGGAGGCGGAUCAUCUCCUGGCGGUGGAGGCGGCAAAGGAGGCGGUGAUGAUCAAGGAGGAGGAGGUGGAUACCCCGGCGGUUCACCUGUCGAAUGUCCUCCCGAAGUUCCCGGCGGCGGUGAAGUACCACCACUGCCUCCUGCAAGCGGCGGUGGUUACGGUGGCGGAAAUGGUCAUUGAAGCGCCGGAGAUGAGUUUUAAUUAAUUUCGUUCAGUGUCUGCUAUAUAUUAAUCAAUCAAGGGAUCAGCGGAAC